AUGGAGAAAGUGGACAAGGGGAUUCAAUUUGUAUCGAAAACAGAGGAAGCUCUGUUACCUAGUGCACCAACAUCCUGCAACCGAGAAGAAUGCACCCUGAAUUGGAGGGAAUUUAACCCAAGAGAACCCAAUUACCUUCCAAUUAUCAAAGAGCCGAUUAGUGAAAGGGUGGAACUCAAGCAUCAGGAUAUGGAUGAGAAUAGGAACGCAGAGGAGUGGAUGAUUGAUUAUGCUCUGCAGCAUACCGUCGAAAGACUUGCUCUAGGAAGGAAAAAGAAAGUGGCAUUGCUCGUCGAGGCAUUUUAA